GCCCUAGUUUGGUCUCCUCCGCCGCCUUGCUUCGCGCCGCCUCUCUCUCUCUCUCUCUCUCUCUCUCUCUGUAACGCAAACGCACGCCAAGAGACCGAGCGAACGUAGAUAAUAGAUAUAGAAGCGCAUAAUCGUCCUCUCCGGAAGCAGGAGGAGCAAUUCCGCUGAAUCUGUGUCAACGUCGUCGUCGACUCAUAAGGCACAGGCCACGAGAAGGGUUUGAGGUGAAAAAGAGAUGGGGAAAGCCAAGAAAGGCCCUAAAUUCGCAACCAUGAAGAAAAUCAUCACCUCCAAAGCCAUCAAAAAUUACAAGCAAGAGGUUCUAAACCCUAACAAGAAGGACCUUUCCAAGGAGAAGCUCCCCAGAAACGUGCCAAAUGUUUCGUCCGCGCUCUUCUUCAAGCACAACACCGCCUUGGGACCGCCUUAUCGGGUUUUGGUGGAUACCAACUUCAUUAAUUUCUCCAUUCAGAAUAAACUGGAUUUGGAGAAGGGAAUGAUGGACUGCUUAUAUGCGAAAUGUACUCCCUGCAUCACGGAUUGCGUGAUGGCAGAGCUCGAGAAGCUGGGCCAGAAAUACCGUGUUGCUUUGAGGAUAGCAAAAGAUUCUCGGUUUGAAAGAUUGCCAUGUACUCACAAAGGGACCUAUGCUGAUGAUUGCCUUGUUGAGAGAGUUACUCAGCACAAAUGCUACAUUGUUGCCACAUGUGAUCGAGAUCUAAAGCGAAGGAUCCGUAAGAUCCCUGGUGUACCAAUCAUGUUCAUUACACAGCACAAGUAUUCAAUUGAGAGAAUGCCUGAAGCAACAAUUGGUGGAGCUCCAAGAUUUUGAGGAUGGCAUCAUGGCGUUGUGGAGAAGACUUGGUUCCACCAAAAACUUAACUUACACUGGAAAUGCAGUAGCGCCGGAUAUUGUUCCCGCUCACCGUUAGACUUCGGUGCCAGUUCAACUGGGUCUGCUCGCGUAACUUUUCAGUGCUGAGAUCAAGACCCUGUGAUGUAGGAUUAGCAUCUGAUUUUCGCUUGUCUAGUUCUCUCAAAUUUUGUAGCUUCCUCUACUUGAGCCUCCUGAUCGAUUGGUAAAUUGAUCUGCUUUUAGUAUAAGCCGUCUCUUUUCUUAAAAUGGUUGGCCAAUAGCCGUUACAUUAAACGAGGUAACAUUGAUCACAGUGUAAUUCAAUCAAUUCGAAUGCGUUCGUAAUUCGUAGUGUUCA